GUUGCGUUUGAAACGGAAUUUGUAUACGAUUCUAAUUAGAUUCCGUUUCAGAAUUCGGAUUGAGUUAACUGGGAAAGCUCCUGUCAAAAAUUGCGCGCGUAUUGUUUGUCAUUUGCAUCUCAACAUCGAUGUUUGAAAAAUUAAACACAACAAAGAAAGUUCAUAAAUUGAAUGCGUAAUGGAGCCAGUUCCAAGUGACAAGAUUAUGGAAGUGGCCAAUGUAGCUGUGUAGGGAGGGAGAGUAAAAGUCGUGGAUGUUCCAGGUGAUGGAAAUUGUUUUUUCUACGCCGUUCUGCAGCAGAUCACUGGAAGACGAAUCGUUGAUGUGGACUUCCGACAACGUGCCCAUAACUUAAGAACUAUGGUGGUUCGUUACAUCCGGCGGCAUGCGGACGAAAUGCGUCAUAUUAUUCUGAUGGAAAUUGCUGCUGGGAGGAGGGAUCAAGAUGGAAAUCCUUUCCUGGGCACAGACGACGAAAAGUUCGAGGGCCUACUGGAGGAUCUAGGUGAAGACCACACAUGGGCCAGCACGGAAUCGAUCAUGGCCAUCCAAGGACUGUAUGGAGGGACAGUGAAGGUGCUCAACCCGCACUAUGCACCAGUUGUGAUCGGAGAGGGGAGCGGACCGGUGAUCGAGAUCCACUACAAUGGGAUCAAUCAUUACAGUAGUGUGUUGAAAGAGGAUGAAACAUCGACCCGUAAGGAUCGACAACAGCUGAUACAAGCAAACGUGGAAGGUGGUUCAUCAGGUCCUGGUGCAGCUUUGGAACAGAAGUUGCCCCAGCAGGGAAAAGGUUCAAAGCUGUGGGAAGGAGGAGUGGAAAAGGAGGAGCGCAGCGAGGUGGUGGUUGCGAAUCGGGCAGAAGGGGGAAGUGAUCGCAAACAGGGCAUCGGUAGGGGUCAGUGGUAUCCGGCAGGGGGGGACGAGAAGGGAAUGGGGGGAGGGUUAAGUUUGGGUGAUGGGUUGCAAAGUGAGGAUGAUGACGAUAGAAUGGUGCUGGACAUGGAGACGUCGAAUGGUAAUAGAAGCGCUGAGAAUAGAUCGAAAGUGAAUGGAUUUAGUUGGAGAACGGUUGCCAAUUAUAGGAUUAAAGUACGUCAAAUGGUUAGACAUAAAUAUAGUUACUUAUGGGCUAUAAGUUAUCAAGUUAGUGGUAUAAGUCCAGAAUCUUGCGCAUUUGAAGAAUUACUAUGGGCUUUGCUUAAAGAUAUAAAGAAAAUAUUGCAUUAUGUAGAUGAAGAAGAACUACUUCCUAAUGAAAGAUUGUGGUCGACAUUAGCUAAUUUUCUUAAUAGAGACAUAGUGUUGAUAGAUGCAGUUAAUGGAUUCAGUUGCUAUAGAUCAAAUAAUGAAUUAGAGAAGAAUAAGCAGUUGAAAUUGUUUACGUUGAAAAUAGAUCAAAUUACUCAGGUAGACAGUAUAGAGAUAAUAAUAAAAUUGAGACCAAAAGACAAAGAAUUGAAUGUUGUACAAAAUUCCACUCAAAUAUUAAAAAGCAACGAGUCAAAUAAGGUACAAAUGAGAGAGGACAUUUUAAGGAUUGCCUCACUUAUUGUAAGAGGUUGUAGUAGGAAAGAGAAAAGGAACGAAAUUGAUGAGGAUCUUACAAAUGAAGGUAUAAAAGUAGCAGUUUUGCAAGAAAUGAAUGUUAAAGGCAGUAAAAUUGAAACAAAAAAUUAUGAAUGGUUCAUAGCACUUAGAAAUGACAGUACCGUAAUCUGGGGUGAAUCGGGACUACAGUCUGAAUAG